AUGGAUGGCGUGCAAGAAAGCGGAACUUCAGAAACGGGGGCAUCUAGUGUCAGCGACAAUUCGAACUCCCAGCAACCUGAUAUUGGGAUGAUGGAUGUCGAUGAGGCUCAACAAACCCCAAGGGCGGUCAUAUUGUCAGACCAGUCCAGUCUUGACUCUUCCAACAUCAGUCCAAACCUGACAUACGAAAUUCUUGACAAAAUUCCGAAAGAAGUGAUUGCAAGCUAUAUGAAGAAGCACUCGACUGAAAUCAGAGACGAGACGCCGAAACCCGAUGUACCUGGUGGCAAGAGUCAAGGCCACAUAUAUAAGUGCCAGGAUUGCGAUAAGAUGUUCCCACGCCUCUGUGAGCUUAAGAAGCACCAGAAGAGGCACUCAAAACCAUACGGGUGUACCUCUAUCAACUGUAACAAGACAUUCGGGAGUAAAAACGAUUGGAAGCGACACGAGAGUAUCCAACACUAUCAGCUAGAGACAUGGGUAUGCGAUUGCACCAAGUCUGGCACCCGCGAACUAUGCGGCAAGAUUUGCCAUCGCCGCGAGAGUUUCAGAAAUCAUCUUACGAAAGAGCACAAAGUUUCUGACCAACAUGAACUGGAAGAAAAGGUCGACACAUGUAGAAAAGGCCGUCAUUGUGAUGCUCAUUUCUGGUGCGGCUUCUGCGAGGAAACUAUCGAGACAAAGGAGACGGACAACACGUGGACCAAACGCUGUGAUCAUAUUGAUGACCACUUCUCUGGUCGUGAUGUAGCCCAGAGGCAUAUCAGUGAAUGGGUUCACGAGAAAGAUCCGAGCACCGGAAUCACUGCUUCCGUGGGGGCUGCACCUGAAUCUUCGUCUAUUUCAUUUGUGCCUGAUACCAACCCCCCUCAGCCCUCCACAUCGGAGGACAAUAGCAUCGAAGACCGCCGAAACUGGAAAGACACAUACAUGUGGAUAUGCUGCGACUGCAAUAAUGAGAAUAGCUUCCGUCACAACACAGUGUGCUUUGAAUGCAAUCGACGGAAGUGCGAUGAUUGCUCUGUGCAUAUAGUGACUUUGCCUAACGAUAGCUAG